AUGGAGCUGAAUCGUACUGCAGUAGCCGAGUUCAUUUUGUUGGGUUUGACAGACGAUCCAGUCCUCCAAGUCAUCCUCUUCAUGACCAUCCUGUGCAUCUACCUGGUGACUGUAUCUGGUAAUCUCAGCACAAUCAUUCUUGUCAGACUCUCUUCUCAGCUGCACCAGCCCAUGUACCUUUUUCUAAGUCACUUGGCUUUUGCAGACAUAGGCUAUUCUUCUUCUGUCACACCCAAUAUGCUCGUAAACUUCCUAGUGGAAAAAAACACAGUCUCCUACCUUGGAUGUGGUAUCCAGCUUGGCUCAGGUGCAUUUUUUGGGACAGUUGAGUGCUUCCUGCUGGCUGCUAUGGCCUAUGAUCGCUUUGUAGCAAUCUGCAACCCACUGCUCUACUCAACCAAAAUGUCCACGCGAGUCUGCAUCCAGUUACUUGUAGUGACUUAUAUAGGUAGUUUUAUUGAUGCUUCCUCCUUUACCUUUUCCUUCUUUUCUUUACUCUUUUGUGGACCAAAUCGGGUCAAUCACUUUUUCUGUGACUUUGCUCCUUUAGUUGAGCUCUCAUGUUCUGAUUUCAGCAUCCCUGCCGUGAUUCCCUCAUUUUCAGCUGGGUCUAUCAUUUUGGUCACAAUGUUUGUCAUAGCAGUGUCCUACGUCUACAUCCUCAUCACCAUCCUGAAGAUGCGCUCCGCUGAGGGCCGCCACAAAGCUUUCUCCACCUGCACCUCCCACCUCACUGCAGUCACCCUGUUCUAUGGGACCAUUACCUUCAUUUAUGUGAUGCCCAAGUCCACCUACUCCACCGACCAGAACAAGGUGGUGUCUGUGUUCUACUUGGUAGUGAUUCCCAUGUUGAAUCCUCUCAUCUAUAGUCUCAGGAACAAGGAAAUCAAGGAGGCUUUGAAGAAAGAGCUUGAACUUGGUAGGAAAAUAUUUUCUCGGUGA